ACUGGACGGAGCUCAAGGAGGCGGGGCCCAGUAGUGGACCGGAGCGGAGAUUGGGCUGGGGGCGGUGUCAGCGCGAGGAUUGGGCCGAGCGCUCCGGGGCGGUGCCUGAGGGGGCGGUGCCGUGUCGGAAGUCAGAGGGAGGACGUGGGAUGGUGGCGGAGCUGGCUGCAGCAGAGCUACCAGGCAGUCAAGGAGAAGUCCUCCGAAGCCUUGGAGUUCAUGAAGCGAGACCUGACAGAGUUCACCCAGGUGGUCCAGCAUGACACGGCCUGCACCAUUGCAGCCACGGCCAGUGUGGUCAAGGAGAAGCUAGCUACUGAAGGCUCCUCGGGGGCAACAGAGAAGAUGAAGAAGGGGUUGUCUGACUUCCUAGGGGUGAUCUCCGACACCUUCGCUCCCUCACCAGACAAGACCAUAGACUGCGAUGUCAUCACCCUGAUGGGCACACCCUCUGGCACAGCUGAGCCCUAUGAUGGCACCAAGGCUCGCCUCUACAGCCUGCAGUCAGACCCGGCAACCUACUGCAAUGAACCAGAUGGGCCCCCGGAAUUGUUUGACGCCUGGCUUUCCCAGUUCUGCUUGGAGGAGAAGAAGGGGGAGAUCUCAGAGCUCCUUGUAGGCAGCCCCUCCAUCCGGGCCCUCUACACCAAGAUGGUCCCAGCAGCUGUUUCCCAUUCAGAAUUCUGGCAUCGGUAUUUCUAUAAAGUCCAUCAACUAGAGCAGGAGCAGGCCCGGAGGGAUGCCCUGAAGCAACGGGCAGAACAGAGCAUCUCUGAAGAGCCUGGCUGGGAGGAGGAAGAAGAGGAGCUUGUGAGCGACUCACCCACCUCUGCAAAAGAGGCAAAGGUUCCUGUGGCCAAAACCUCCACAUCCCCUGAAGGAGGACCUGGCCCCCUGAGCCCCUGUGAAGAGAAUCUGAUGACUCCGGCCGAGCCUCCAACAGAGGUGACUCCCUCAGAGAGCAGUGAGAGCAUCUCCCCCGUGACCCAGAUCGCCAAACCUGCCACUGCAGCUGAGGCACCCGUGUUGCCCAAGGACCUGUCCCAGAAGCUGCUAGAGGCAUCUUUGGAGGAACAGGGCCUGGCUGUGGAUGUGGGUGAGACUGGACCCCCGCCCCCAGCUCAGUUCAAGCCCCACACCCCUGCUGGCCGCCCCAGUGGCCCAGAGCCUAGGCCUCCAGCCAGAGUAGAGACUCUGAGGGAGGAGGUACUCACAGACUUACGGGUGUUUGAGCUGAACUCGGACAGUGGGAAGUCUACGCCCUCUAACAAUGGAAAGAAAGGCCCUUUUGAAGAGUGCCAUAACCCCCAGCUACAACCUGCUCAUACGUACCCCUUCCCACCUUUGACACUGUGGAUCAUGGUUCCAGGCUCAAGCACAGACAUCAGUGAGGACUGGGAGAAGGACUUUGACUUGGACAUGACUGAAGAAGAAGUACAGAUGGCACUCUCCAAAGUGGAUGCCUCUGGGGAGCUGGAAGAUGUAGAGUGGGAGGACUGGGAAUGAGGGGCCAGAGCGCGCAGCUCCCCCACUCACAGAACCUCCCACCCCCUCGCUCACCUCAGCCCAGCCCUGGAAGACACUGACUGAGAAUGUCCCCCCAAUGGCUUCUGUCAACCAGACCUCUGGGUGGCUCUUUACUGGUCUUUUGGGCCUCUGCUUACAUCUGGGAAGGGGCUCACUGAAUCCAAACCAGGAACUCUGACUUGUGCCAACCAUAGGAUGACUCAAAGGGGAGGAGCCCUACCCCCCUCACCAGAAGAGCCUACAUUUCUCUGCUGAACGCCCACUGUUCUUGGGGACUCUUGCUGGGAAGUCCCAAGGGGUAACUCUAGCCCUUCUAUCUGUGCAGGACCUAGGUACCAGUCUCUUGGAGGAAGCUGAGAGAACACUCUGUCCACCCAAAAGUAGGCAAGGAGGGCCAUCCCACCUGUCCUAGCUAGACAGGGAUGGCAAGCACAUUUUGGUUCCUAUCCCAGUGAGUGAGAGGCAUUCGUCUCUGGGAAAUUUGCCUCUCUUGGGAAUCUCCCCUUCCCAGGCAUUUUCCAUUCCCAGAAAGGUUCCUUGUGGUUCCAAAUCUAGAGACCAAACCCCAAGUUCCCACCUCUUCCCUUUCGUCCAGCCCAGGCUGGUAUGUCCCCAAUGCCUCUCCCAGGGCUUCUUCAUGUCAGAUGCACCCAAGUCCUUAGCCCAGCUGUGCCACCUGCAAGAGUCUGCUCUUGCAUUUCUUCCCCUCCCCAAGAAGGGAGGGGGUCACUUCAGGCCCUUCUGUGCAUUGCCUGGCGGGAUACCUUGUCCAACCAGCUACCCACCUCGACCCCCCUGUAGCUUAGGACACAAGCCAGCUACCGGCGGUACAGAGCAGCGAUCAAAGCUGAGUCCUUACAACUCUGGUAAGCCCAACUUCUCCACCUCAGCCCUUCUGCUGCUUGAAGGGAUAUGCUGGGGGUGAACUUCUUGAGACUCUUAUCAGGCUUCUGCAAAAGCUCUUCUUCCUGAAGACAGACCCGGUCUUUGUGGCUCUCACCCUUUGCUCUGGUAAAGCUAUUCCUCUCUUGGAGGACUGAGGGGCUGCAGGAAUCCCUGGAGACCCUGGUGCUUCAUGAUGCUGCUCUGGUGAUUCUUGUACAUAAUCUGGUGUAUUCACCAAUGAUUUAAAGGGAUUGUGGUCAGGUACGCCAAGAGAGUGGUGGUCAGUUCCACUUGAAACCUUCAGUGAGGGGGGUGGGAUGGAGAGAAUCUUUUUUUUUUUUUUUUUUUUUGAUGGGAUGGGGUUUUUCUCUUUGUAAUUAUUUCUUUAGUUUAAUUAACUUUUUGGUUGUUUGUGCAAUAUUAUAUAUUUUAAAUUAUAAUGCAUCUCCCCAGAGUAUUUUGUAGCCAGGGAAAGAAAAAAGGAAAACAAACAAACAAAAAAAAAAGAUUCUAACAGCUGUUAGUUUUGUAAUUAAAAAAGAAAGAAAAAAGAACUUUGUCCUGAACCUUUUCCAGACUUGCCGUUAACAGCAUUAAAGAGAUUCAACAGAA